AUGAACGCGGGGGAGUUCGCGAAUCUCCAGUGCACCGUGCCCACGGGGGACUUGCCCUUGAAAAUCCGAUGGAGUUACCCUGGAGUGGAGAUGGGCGGUGCCUCCGGCGUGCUCGCGAAGAAGGUCGCGGAUCGCGUGAGCAUGCUCAUGAUCACGACCAUAACGGAGAAACACGCGGGGGAGUACGUCUGCACGGCCGAGAACGCGGCGGGGACGGCUUCUCAUUCGACCUUCCUCACCGUAAACGGUUCGGCGUCCAUUCUUGUCCGAUGUGUCUUGCAUAGAGCCGGUCCUGGUCGACGUCCGGUCGCCGACGUCGAACGUCGAGUUGCUCAUUGA